AUGGAUCAAUCCUCCCCUCCCGGCUACAUGCCCACCUUCUUCUUCUACGGUCCUAAACACGACCCCAAACCCUCCUCCCAAAACGACGUCGUCGACAAGCUCAAAUCCACCCUCUCAACCACCCUCACCCACUACUACCCUCUCGCGGGGCGCUACGGAAACGACGGCGUUUCCAUCGACUGCAACGACCGAGGCGCCACCUUCGUGGUCGCCCACGUGGCACACGACAUGUCGUCCUCCGUCCUCGAGGCGCCAGACGAGGAUCGUCUCGUGCAGCUCCUCCCCUGCCCCCCUCAGGAGAAAUGCCUCGACGACGACGACGGGAAACUCAUUCUCCUGACAGUUCGAGUCAACUUCUUCGACUGCGGCGGGAUCGCCAUCGCAGCGUGUGCAUUCCACGGCGUCGCUGACGCGUCGUCCCUCUCCUGCUUCCUCCAGUCGUGGGCCGCCAUCUGUCGCGGCGACACCGCGGUCAACGACCUCUUGAAAGGCGCCGUCGUCGACUACAGCUCCCUCUUCCCGUCCCAGGACCUCCCUCCCCAACCGAAAACCGUCGACGAGGAGGGCACCGACGUGGAACCGAAACGCGCGGUGGUGGCGAAACGUUUCCUCUUCCCCGGUUCAAAGAUCGCGGAGCUGAGGGAGAAGAUCGGGUGCUUCCGUGGCAGGCAGAGGACACGUGUCGAGGCGAUGUCGUCGCUGAUGUGGGCCGCGUCCAUACGCGUCUCGCAGCAGAAGAAGAAGGAGGCGACAAAAGAAGGAGAAGGUGGUAAUAACAAAGGGUUGCAUUCGGCGGUGAUGGUGGUGAACUUGCGGACGAGGACGAGCCCGCCUUUGCCGGCGAUGUGUAUGGGGAACCUCAUCCAGCUGACGGAGCCGGUGACGUGGCCGGUGGAGGAGGAGGUGACGGCGGAGGAAGGGAUGGGGGAGCUGGCGGGGAAGUUGAGCGGGGCGGUGAGGAGGAUCAACCACGAGUACUUGAAGAAGCUGCACGAGAACGAGUCGGAGGGUUAUUUCGGGCUGAACAAAUCUUUCGGGGAAGAGUACGCGAAGGACGAUUUCAUAAUGAUAAGCAGCUCGUGCAGGUAUCCGACGUACGGGGCGGACUUCGGGUGGGGGAAGCCCGUUUCGGUGAACGGGUUUGCCCCGAAUAAUAAGAUGGUGGUGCUGUUGGAUGCCAAGGAUGGGGAAGGGAUUGAGGCUUGGGUGACGUUGUAUGAGGAUGAUAUGGCCGUAUUCGAGAAGGAUUCCGAUCUGCUUUACUAUGCUAGCUAG